AUGCCUGCUUUCGCUCAGGCUUCCGAUCUCAAUGCCUGGAAGGAGCUCCAGGAGCACCACGCCAAUGUCGGCCGUAACAUUGUCCUGAAGGAGUACUUCCAGAAGGACCCCGAGCGCUUCGAGAAGUUCAGCCACACCUUUGUCAACACCGUUGACAAUGCCGACAUUCUGUUCGACUUCUCCAAGAACUUCCUCACCGAGGAGACUCUGUCUCUGCUGGUGAAGCUGGCCAAGGAGGCCGGUGUUGAGGAGCUCCGCGAUGCUAUGUUCCGUGGUGACCACAUCAACUUCACCGAGGACCGUGCUGUCUACCACGCUGCCCUGCGCAACACCUCCAACGAGCCCAUGCAGGUAGAUGGUAAGAGCGUCGUCGAGGAUGUCAAUGCUGUUCUUGAGCAUAUGAAGGAGUUCUCCGAGCAGGUGCGCAGCGGUGAGUGGAAGGGUUACACUGGCAAGAAGAUCAACACUAUCAUCAACAUUGGUAUCGGUGGUUCCGAUCUCGGCCCUGUCAUGGUCACCGAGGCCCUGAAGCCCUACGGCCACCCCGACCUGACCCUUCACUUCGUCUCCAACAUUGACGGUACUCACGUCGCUGAGGCUCUCAAGCACUCCGACCCCGAGACCACCCUGUUCCUCAUUGCCUCCAAGACCUUCACCACUGCUGAGACUACCACCAACGCCAAUACUGCCAAGAGCUGGUUCCUGCAGACGGCCAAGGAUGAGUCUCAUAUUGCGAAGCACUUCGUUGCCCUCUCCACCAACGAGGCCGAGGUCACCAAGUUCGGUAUUGACAGCAAGAACAUGUUCGGCUUCGAGUCCUGGGUUGGUGGCCGUUACUCUGUGUGGAGCGCCAUCGGUCUGUCUGUGGCUCUGUACAUCGGCUACGACAACUUCCACCAGUUCCUUGCCGGUGCCCACGCCAUGGACAAGCACUUCCGCGAGACCCCUCUGGAGAAGAACAUCCCCGCCAUCGGUGGUCUGUUGAGCGUUUGGUACAGCGACUUCUUCGGUGCCCAGACCCACCUGGUUGCUCCCUUCGACCAGUACCUGCACCGUUUCCCUGCCUACCUGCAGCAGCUGUCCAUGGAGAGCAACGGUAAGGCCAUCACCCGCUCUGGCGAGUAUGUCAAGUACACCACCGGUCCCAUCCUGUUCGGUGAGCCCGCCACCAACGCCCAGCACAGCUUCUUCCAGCUGCUGCACCAGGGCACCAAGCUCAUCCCUGCCGACUUCCUGAUGGCCAUUGAGUCUCACAACCCCGUCGAGGGUGGCAAGCACCAGCGCAUGCUGGCCUCCAACUUCCUCGCUCAAUCCGAGGCCUUGAUGGUCGGCAAGACCCCCGAGGAGGUCAAGGCCGAGGGUGCCCCCGAUAACCUCGUCUCCCACAAGACCUUCCUGGGUAACCGCCCUACCACCUCCAUCCUGGCCAAGAAGAUCACCCCGGCCACCCUGGGUGCUCUGAUCACCUACUACGAACACCUCACCUUCACCGAGGGUGCCGUCUGGAACAUCAACUCGUUCGACCAGUGGGGUGUCGAGUUGGGCAAGGUCCUGGCCAAGAAGAUCCAGAAGGAGCUGGAGACUGCUGGCGAGGGUGCUGGUCACGAUAGCUCUACCAGCGGUCUGCUGUUGGCCUUCAAGGCCAAGGCUAACCUGGCCUAG